UCACUCGACGAUAUCAUUUCCAAAUCACGCAUCACGCUUUGACUUGCAAUCGGACAGCGGACUACCACUCCCAUCGUUACUAUAUUAAUUAUCCCAUUACCUAUUUAGAUAAAUAGGAAAGGAAAGCCAGGUUUCAAAAAACCAUGACAAUUUCCUUUUGUUAUUUCAAAAGUUAUUUAUUUUCAACAACUGUUAAACAAUAAUUUCUUAACCAACUUUCCAACGUUUUCGUUCGUUCCUAACCCCAAAACCCCUUUUUUUGUGUACAUUCUACCCCUUUCCUCGUUUGUGGCUUCCUCCUCAACUGGACUUUUGCUGAGCUAGCUAGAUGUAGAUCAUACAGCGAACAUGUCGCAUUUGUCAAGGGAGGUUUGUCGACCGGACUGCUCUCUUCAUCAACACGAACUUAUGCCGCCAAAUCCAAAAUGGGGAGGGGUAAUAGGAGUAGUAAAUUUACUGCCAGAUAUUGGACGUCACCCUUCUCCCCAACAUAGACCGACAUCACUUCUUUCAACAAGAUCCCACGACUAUAGAAGUGAGAAGGAGCGUUUGGAAUCAUUUGCUGGCUUCCCAACAGAGUCCAUGGAUGUGAGGCAGCUGGCAGCAGCUGGCUUCUGGUACACCAAGAGUGAUGACAUUGUACGAUGUGCAUUUUGCAAUGUUGAAGUUGGGCGUUGGGAAGAGGGAGAUGAUCCCAUAGAAGAACACAAGAAGUGGUCAAAAAAUUGCAGCUUUUUGAACCACAUGGAAACUGGAAAUAUCCCUGUGGACCCUUCCAAUCCCCCUCCUCUCCCUCCUGUGGAACGUGGUGAUUAUGAUGAGUGUGGUAUAUACAAUAUUAAGAAGUCGGACAACUGUCCUGUUAUACCUUCCCUUGAAAAAUUAGGAAUUCAAAAGAGGUAUAACCCUGCACAUCCUGCAUAUGUAACCUCAGAUGCACGGAUAGAAUCCUAUGAGAGUUGGCCAAUAGGCCUCAAGUUGAGACCGCAAGAACUUGCGGAGGCUGGAUUCUUCUACACUGGUCUUGGUGACAAAACUAUCUGUUUCCAGUGCGGAGGCGCCUUGAAAGAUUGGGCUGAAACUGAUGAACCAUGGAGAGAGCACGCCCUUUAUUUUUCAAAAUGUGGCCAUGUAGUUCAAACGAAAGGACGGGAAUUUAUUGCCGAAGUCCUGGGCAAAAGACCCGCAACUCUCACACCAGAGGAAAUUCGAGCUCUAGCGAUACCCAAGGAGUAUUUGAAUGUGGUGCAACAACACCCUUCGCCAGAUGUGACAUCAGAGGCUAGCUCAAGCAGCUCUGUUUCACAUAAAGCCAACGAACCACAACCGGUGUCUGAAACAACUAACAAAUCAACCAAAUCAAUAGACGAUGCUAGGGCUUGUAAAUUAUGUUUCUCUGAAGAGAUUGGUGUCGCGUUUCUGCCUUGUGGACAUUUAGUGAGUUGUGUUAACUGUGUUCCAUCACUCAAGACAUGUGCAGUAUGUCGGGAGCCCUUUUCAGCUACUGUCAGAGUUUACUUGUCAUAAAAUGUUACUAGUUUGUACAUAUUUUAAAAUUAUUAAAAUUUUAAUUUCAUAUUAA